AUGGGUCUCCCUAGCCAUAAUCUCGACGCUCUCGAGCAGCGCCGCCUCGCCCUCAAAGAAAACAUCCUCCAACUCCAAAAAUCACUCUACCACUGGCGUACUUGGGAAGCAGAAUAUGACGGACUCCGCGACGAAAUCAAAACCCUCCCCGAUGACGCCACUACCGACGAUUUUGUGACCUUAGGACGCGACUUUGGUGGUGCAUUGGUGACAGAGGAGGAAGUGCAGACUAUUAUCGGGACCCAAGGCGCGGUGCGAUCGAGCGAACAAAUCGUUAGCCUUCUAGGACGGCGCAUCGACUACGUGAAGCAAAAUAUUACGACCAUGGAGAAGAGGCUACGUACUGCGGAGGACGAGUUAGUUGCAUUGGAUACGAGCGAAAGCGCGCCGGUUGCGGAUGGCGCAGACUUCCCCAUGAGAGAAAUUAUGGAGGAGCUGGAUGAGGAUGGCGGGGUUAUCUCUGGCUCGGUAAAUACGCCCGGAGAUCAAGCUCCACAGCUUUUGGAGGUCCUGAAGAAGGUCGGCGUGGAGAAUGUUCCAAAUAAGGCUGGGAAGGACGAGGAUUCCAGUGAGGGUGCCUCAACUACGCCUUUGAAGACGGGCGAUAAAGCCAACAUGAGCGCUACCGAGCCUCCGCCGAAUAGAUCUUCGAAUAAUCCAGCCCCCGGGCCGGAAGUCAACGAUCCCCCUCAGGUAGAUCAGGUUGAAGGAAUGGAUCUCUCAGAGCCGGUGUCUAUUGUGACGGACGAGGAUCGCAAACAGCCACCUGUUACCAAUAUUGACGAGUCCCUGGAAGAUGCCCAAUUACGCCAGGAAAUGUUUCAAUAUGGCAUUGACGAAGUGGGGGCGAUCGUCGCAGAGCUGGAACUGGACGAAGACGGAAGCGACGUGUCCUUCGAUGAAGACUACGCAUGGGCUACAGAUGAGGAUGGCGAGGAGGAGGAUGAGUUCGGUCGAUCACGCACUGACUUGAGUGAUGAGUAUCACAAACAAAUGCGAGAGCUAGAGGAAAAGCUCAAUGCUCGCGGUAUGUGGAAUAUGGGCAAGGAUUCGCAGACCUUCCCGAGUGAAGUGCGAGAAGAAGUUGAAGCGGCAGCAGCCGCAGAGGCUAUCCAGCCAGACGAUUCCGUUGAGAGCUCCUCAAAGGCAAAGAAACCGAAGAAGCGAGUUGCAUUCGCCGAUGACCUUGACAUCGCUCCGGCACCUCAGGCUCCCCAUAUCGAGCAGAUUCCAACUCUUGAAAGGAGAACUCUCCCACCAAAAUCCGAUGUGGCUAUACUGUCAGACGCUAUCGUUGAACGUACAGAUCGUGACCAGCAUACCCAGCCAGCUGUUGCGACUGCAGGUCCUCCUAAGAAAGCCUCUCGUUUCAAGAGUGCCCGCUCAGGUGCCCCCGCCAUUGGAACUACACCUAAGCCUGUACCUACGAAUGGAGCGCAAUUCGCAGACUCCCAUUCCACUCAAAAGCAGGCCAAUGCUAUCCCAUCAGCAAGCCUACCUGCUCUUUUCCCUGCUACACCUCAAACACCCAAGCCAUUCUCCACUCCGAUCCAAGAAACACCCGGCAAUUCUUCUGUUCCUCAGCCGCCGCAAGGGAAGACUUUGGCAGACACAUUGGUUGAGCGAGAGAUUGCCCCAGGAACCACUCUGGCUCCCGAACUCGACGAUCUGGAUGAAGAGAUUCAUCGCCGUGAAAUCGCCACUGAGUUUUAUAAGAUGCGAAACCAUAUGAUUCAACAGAAGGGGGGCUUCGUGCACAACGAAGAGCCUGAAAUGGUUCCUCUCGAGACUGAGGAACCACCAAAGCGAAUGAGCAAGUUCAGAGCUGCUCGCAUGAAUCAAUGA